CAAUCUGCAUUGCUGGAUGCGGAGAAAGAGAGGAUAGCAUCCAGAAUAGCUUCAACUCAUUCUGGUUUCAGUUUAACGCUCGUUUGAAGAAUGUUGUUAAUUGCUAUACGUAUUCAGCCCAGGUUCUCUUGUACUUAUGGUUAUAUUCGAUAUGUCGGUGAUUCUAAUUCUUUUGAUACGAUUCAAGUACAAUGUUUUAAAUCCGAAUUGAAGCUACUGCUGCUUAAGAAUGAUGAAAUCAUUAAAGAAAUAAAAAUCAAAUCGCCGAAGGAUAUUUUCAUUCCUACGUCAAUAUUAUUUGAGUCCGAUUAUGUUUCCAGUAUUGUGAAUUCAGAUUCGACUAUUAAAUACCAGACAAAAUUGACACCAGCUGGCCACCGUUUCGCAGAAUUUAGCUUUCGUGUGAAAGUAUAUAACGAGAUAUAUAAACGAGAUACAGAGCUAAAAUCUGACAUAAAACAUUGUUUUAAAGAGUGUUUUAAAAACCGUGUACUUUUGAGAUUGCUGUGCGGUUGUGGAGUUGGCUUGCCCGAAAAACCUGUGUGCAGCGAUGCUGACUUUUUCGAGGGAUGGACUCGCCAUGUGGAUGAUCCACCAUCAAUACCUCAACCAUCUUCGCGGAUUCUUUAUGCGGACGAAACUUCCUUUCAUUUAAAUCCUAGACCAAAUUCAGAUAUUAGCUGUAAAAGUUCAGCCACUCUGGAUAAAAAAUGCUGUUAUAGUCAGGAUGCUGUUAAUCAGAAUGCUGACUGUACCACCGAUCUAAGUUCUGAUUGCCCAAAUGUUUCAUCAAACAUUGAUUGCUCAAAUAAAUCAUCUGGUGUCAAAAACAAAUCUGAACUAAAUGCACAAGUUUUGAACAGUUCUGAUCACCCAAAUGUGGAUUCUUCCAGUUUGAAACAAGCUGAUUCUUCAGUCAAAAGUUGCACACAUCAUGGCUUUGAUGAUUACAAGUGUUCUGAUGAUGAUAAAAAUGAAUACUUGUAUGACCCCAAAGCUGUUAAUGUAUGCGAAUCAUGCAGAGAUAGUCUGACUGCUGAAACAUCCUCUAUUCCAUUCAUGGGGCUUUAUUUUAACAAAUUGAUUCUCAUAGAUGCCUCUAAAAAUCAUGACCAUUUGGAAUAUGCACGCCAAAUAACAUUGCUAUCAUUCUGGACUUUGGUGAAGAUAAAUAAAUCUGCACCACUACCAGCUUAUAUUUGCCUCCAAAGCAAAGUUCCUGGUGAAUCCCGCUGUCUCCUGGUAAAUGUUCUAAGGUCCACUAUGGGUCAGUUCCUACUGGAAGAUUCCAUUGAAAACAUUCCCGCGGAGAUCGACAUGAAGAUGGAGCCGGUGCACCAAAUAAUGUACUACCUCGGGACUCCCAGUUCCGAAUAUGUCCGCGAAUGGCGCCAGCGUUCGAACGUCGAACAUUUUCGUGUCAGUGACACCAUGGUGAAAACACUCACCGAGAUUCUGCAGGCUUCGUCGAAGUAUUGCGCUCAAAUGCCCGAAGGCGGAGAUUUCUGUUUUGGCUACAUGCGGACGCCCUGCAAUGAGUUUGAGCGAAUAUAAAGAACUGGAAAAUGGAUGCCUCUCAUUGGCAUUUCGAUCUGUUCGUAAUGAAAACCCUGGCUGUUGCUGUGUUCCAAGUUCCCCUUAUUGUCCAUUUCUACUGCGAGAUUCCUUUGUAUGCAUUUUCCUGCAGAUCAACUUGAAGACUGAUCGCAUCUAUAAAGUCCUGAACUUCGACGGUGCUUUCCAUUCCAAAAAUGUCUGCUCCUGGCCCUGCGAUUUCAACGUCGAUUACUACCUUAUUAGUGGCACGACGAUGAAGACACUUCCCGGGAUUCUGCAUGCUUCUUGUAGCUACUUUCCCCAAGCCGGGGAUUUCCCUUGCGGCUUCAUGAGGUCCCUUUUCAUUUAUUGCUGUGAUUGUAAUGAGCUAAAAAAAGAAACCUCUCAACGAUGUUUUGAUUUGUAAUGUAUUUCAGCAGUAUAUGUAAUGUAUUUAAUCAUUCCCCUUCCAGUCUGUAUCUGGUGAAUCGUUUUAUGCAUAUUUGGAUGUAUAAAGACUUGAAAUCUAAUCAAAAGAUUUCCUUGAAGGUCGCAAUGAAGAGCGCUGUCUUCUGUUGUGAAUUCCAAGAUCCCCUCUCACCCGCUUCCUCUCACUUGUUGCUGUGAUGAUUAUGAGCUAAAAAAAAAAGACUCUGUGAUGUAUUUCAGAAACAAAUUUUAUGUAUUUCAUGAUUUUCCCACCAAUCUAUCUCUCAUGAGUCGUUUUACUCAUAUCUGGAUGUACGAGUAUACCGAGCAUGAAAUCUAUUCAAAAGAUUUCCUUCAGGGUCGCUAUAAAAAAACGCUGUGUCCUGCUGUGGAUUCCAGGCUCCCCUCUUACCCAGUUCCUCUCAUUUGUUGCUGUGAUUUCUAUGAGCUAAAAAAAUUCAUCGAUGCUUUUAAUGUGUGAUGUAUAUCAGAAACAUAUAUUAUGCACUUAAUCAUUUCCCCACCAAUCUGCCGGUCAUGAAUCGUUUUACUCAUAUCUGGAUAUAAGAGUUUACCGGGCAUGAAAUCUAAUGAAAAAGGUUUCCUUCAGGGUCGCUAUAAAAAACGCUGUGUUCUGCUAUGGAUUCCAGGCUCCCGUCUCACCCAGUUCCUCUCAUUUGUUGCUGUGAUUUUUAUGAGCUAAAAAAACUCAUCGAUGCUUUAAUAUGUGAUGUAUUUCAGAAACAUAUAUUAUGCACUUAAUCGUUUCCCUACCAAUCUGCCUCUCAUGAAUCGUUUUACUCAUAUCUGGAUAUACGAGUUUACCGGGCAUGAAAUCUAGUCAAAAGAUUUCCUUCAGGGUCGCUAUAAAGAGCGCUGUGUCCUGCUGUGGAUUCCAAGCUCCCCUCUCACCCAGUUCCUCUCAUUUGUUGCUGUGAUUUUUAUGAGCUAAAAAAAAACUCGUCGAUGUUUUAAUGUUUGAUGUAUUUCAGAGACAUAUAUGAUGUACAUAAUCUUUCCCCCACCAAUCUCUCUCUCAUGAAUCGAUUAUGAUUUACUCAUAUGUGGUUGUAAGAGUAUACCGGGCAUGAAAUCUAAUCAAAAGAUUUCCUUCGGGGUCGCGAUGAAGAGCGCUGUGGAUUAUAAGUUCCCCUCUCACCCCCUUGCCCUCGUUUGUUGCUGUAAUUUCUAUAAGCCAAAAAAAAAAAAAAAAAAAAAAACCUUGUCAAUGUUUUAAUAUGUGAGAAAUAUGUUUUAAUAUGUGUCAUAUGUUUUAAUAUUUCAGAAACAUACUUUAUGUACUUGACCGUUUCACCGCCAAUCUGUCUGGGAUGAAUCGUUUAACGCAUAUCUGGAUGUAUAUCCCGCUUGAAAUCUAGUCAAAAGAUUUCCUCCAAGUUCGCAGUGAAGUUCCCCUAUCGCCCAGUUUCUCAUUUACUGCUAUGAUUACUGUGAGCUGAAAAAAUAAGUUAUCUCUUUGAUGUUGUAAUGUGGGGUGUAUUUCAGAAACAUAUUUUAUGCACUUAAUCGUUUCCCCACCAAUUAGUGUUUGAUGAAUCGUUUGAUGCUUCGCUUGGUCUAUACCGGGAUUGAAAUCUAAUCAAAAGAUUUCCUUCAGGGCCAUGAUGAAAUCCCACCCCCAUCAUCCAGUUUCUCUCAUUUGUUGCUGUAAUUAUUAUAAGCCCCCACCCCCCAGAAAAGAGACAUCUCAUCGAUAUAUUAAUGCGUACAUAUAUUUCAGAAGCAUACUUUAUGUACUUGAUCGUUUCACCGCCAAUCUGUCUCGGAUGAAUCGUUUUAUGCAUAUCUGGAUGUAUAUCCAGCUUGAAAUCUUGUCAAAAGAUUUCCUUCAGGUUCCCGUGAAGUUACCCUCUCGCCAAAUUCCUCUCAUUUGCUUCUGUGAUUAUUGUGAGCUGGAAAAAAGAUAUUUCAUUUGAAAUAAAUGUUAGAUGCAUCAUAAUGUAUUUGACGUAAUUUUUCAUACUAACGCAGUAGAUUUUUUCUUGUCCCAUUCACAAAUUUGUAUUGUUUGUAAAAGUUAAAUCUACCCUCUCCUUUGUCAUAAAGUGUAGUUAUAACUCAUGAAACAAUUUGCUCUCAUCAAAUUUCCAUUAUCUCUCACUUUUUUUGGUUCUCCAUCAGUCGCUUCCCCAUCAAUUUGUGUUUGAUUAAUCGUUUUAUGCAUGUUUGGGUGUAUACCGGGAUUGAAAUCUAAUCAAAGGAUUUCUUCAGUAUCGUGGUGAAGUCCCCCUCCCUCCCAUCACCCAGUUUCCUUCAUUUGUUGUUGUAAUUAUUGUAAACCCCCUCCCCAAAAGAGACCUUUCAUCGAUGUAUUAAUGUGUAAUAUAUUAGGAGUCCCAUAAGUUUCUUUCCUACUUCUAAUAUGAAAUGAAUACACAAUAUUUACUGUUUAAGCUAUUACUUAUUUUGUUAUAUAAGAAUUCUUUUGCUCUGUUUCCUUCUUCUAUCUCUCAGGAAGCCUCAUUAUGCCUUCUUUCCAAAAUUAUUGUGUUUUGGACAAGAAAUAAUCCUCGAGGUGCGCAUUUAUUUCGCUGAUAGAUUUAAAGCGCUUAUCGCGAAUAUAAUUUUUAAGGACCGAAAAAAGUAAUAGUCAGAUGGAGCGAGAUCUGGACAGUAUGCAGGAUGCGGUAAAACAUCCCAAUCAAACUGUAAGAGCUUCUCUCUUACGAAUAAUGCAAUAAGUGAUCCCGCGUUGUCAUUGAUGAAAAACAACGCCUCGUCAGUUCAUUAAUUCUGGCAGUUUCAUUUACUAAUUGAUCCAAUUGAUGACAGUAUUUCGUAGAAUUCAUUGUUUCGCCUUGGUGAAGGAGAUCGUAGAAAAUUAGCCCUUCCAAUUCCACCAAAUGGACAAAAGAACUUUUUUGAGGUGUAGUCCUGGCUUUGCGACAGUUGAAGGCCUAUUGUCCGUAAAGCAAGUGCGUACACAGGAAGGCUUGUCCCAAAUCGAUAAACCUGCAUGUUUGCACAAGAAGAGUCAGAUAAGGCCAUUCAUAGCGCGAUGAGAAAGAAACUGUUGGGACACCCUAAUAUUUCAGAAAGAUACUUUAUGUACUUCAUCGUUUCACCGCCAAUCUGUCUGGGAUGAAUCGUUUUACGCAUAUCUGGAUUUGAAAUCUAGUCAAAAGAUUUUCUCCAGGUUCGCGGUGAAGUUCCCCUAUCGCCCAGUUUCUCAUUUACUGCUAUGAUUAUUGUUUGCCUAAAAAAUAAGCUAUCUCUUUGAUGUUGUAAUGUGGGGUGUAUUUCAGAAACAUAUUUUAUGCACUUAAUCGUUUCCCCACCAAUUAGUGUUUGAUGAAUCGUUUUAUGCAUGCCUGGGUGUAUACCGGGAUUGAAAUCUAAUCGAAAGAUUUCCUUCACUGUCGUGGUGAAGUCCCCCCACCCAUCAUCCAGUUUCUCUCAUUUGUUGCUGUAAUUAUUAGAACCCCCCCCCCCCAAAAAAAGAGACCUCUCAUUGAUGUAUUAAUGUGUAGAUAUAUUCCAAAAACAUUAUGUAUUUGAUCGUUUUACGCAUAUCCGGAUGUAUAUCCGGCUUUAACUCUAGUCAAAAGAUUUCUUUCAGGUUCGCGGUGAAGUUCCCCUAUAGUCUAGUUUCUCUCAUUCGCUUCUGUGAUUAUUGUGAGCUGAAA